CUUUGAAUAAUAAUAAUUAUAUUUUUAUAACAGUAACAGUUAUAAUUCAGUAUGUAUAAUAUGUAAAGUGUUAAAAUUAUAGUUAGUGAUGUUUGUUGAGGUGAUGGAGGUGAUGGAGGAGAUGGAGUUGUCCUCCAGCCGGGUAUUCCUUGACCUGACCUGGCCUGGCUCCACCAGAGGAAGACUCCACAUCCAGCUGAAUACUGACACCUCACUGGCCAGACAGUUUAUGUUGUUGUGUACUGGACAACAUCCAUCAGGCUCCUCCUUCCUCAACACUAAACUGUUGGAGGUGACGAAGAAGGGUGAACCAGGAGAGUGUGUGAGAGGUGGAGACUACCAGUAUAAUAAUGGUCGUGGAGGACAACCAUUGCUGGCUCACCAGCGUUAUCAAAAAUACCAGGAGUCAGGCAGUGCUGGUGCUGUGUGGUCAUGGAGUGUGCCAUGGAGAAGCUACAGUGCACAGUUUGUCAUCAGCACCAGGGACCGCACAGAUCGUGACAAGUGGUCCAAUGUCUUUGGUGAGGUAGUGAGUGGUCUGGAUGUGGUGAGAGCAGCAGUCAACCACAGUGACAUUACAGAGGUGACUGUGGUAGACUGUGGUGUUGUCUUGACUCUCUAGUUCACUCUACCAUCACUGUUGUGUGCCACCGUCACUGUUGUGUGUCACCAUCACUGUUGUGUGUCACCAUCACUGUUGUGUGUCACCAUCACUGUUGUGUGUCACCAUCACUGUUGUGUGUCACCAUCACUGUUGUGUGUCACCAUCACUGUUGUGUGUCCCCCAUCACUGUUGUGUCACCAUCACUGUUUUG